AUGGAGGAGUCUGAGGCUGCAGUGAAUGAAGCAAGUCCCAUAAGGAAGCUGGCAUUAUUCUCGCUUCCAAGCCAGCCACCCGAGCCUCCAGGGAUACUGACGCCGCCGCUGCUGACGUCAGUUUCAGUUCCGUUCCAGUGGGAGGAGGCGCCGGGAAAGCCCCGACACUCCGGAGAAGGCGCAGAGCCCAAGGCCAAGUGCGCGAGAUCAUUGGAGCUCCCUCCGAGGAUGUUGGUGGGUAGUAGUGACGCUAAAGUUACCAACAUGCCCUCCCCAACGACUGUGCUGGAUGGGCCUGAGGUGGGCCGGACUUUGUCCUUUUCGUAUGCAUUGAGGAGCCCGAGCAAGGAGAUUAAGGGCGGCCGUGGCGGCGGCGGUAGCGGCAGGUUUGGGUCGAAGAGGUGGGCCGGUUUCAGGAAGAACAAGGAGGCCGGUGAGGGUGGUUUCGACUUUUUGUCUACCGAUAAUGGCGGUGAUCAGACGAAGGUGAAGAUCACAAGGGUUAAGAGGAAGGCUAGCUUCUUCAAUGGUGCUCAUCACUCAAGGUCACAUAUGUGGGCCAGCAUAUAUGAAAGCUUAAAGCAGGUGGUUCCAUGGAGACGCAGACAAGAAAAACUGAGAAAAUCUGCAACUGUUGGAUAUGAACCUCAAAACUGUGCUCCAAUUCCCACUUGUUGAUCAAUUUGUGAAAAGAUAGCACAUAUGAAAUAGUCCUUAUAGUCAUAUAAACCAAGGCUUCAUCUCCAUGUAAUGAAGCAGUCAACAACUUGUUUCUAUUUUCUAGUUUCAUGAAUAUUUCCCAUCUACUACUACUACUCUACUAUUAC